AUGACUUUUGCGGGGCUUGUCCAGGCUGCACCGUAUCCAAAUUCAUCGUAUUCCAACGCCGAUACGUCCCUGACAUUUGUGUACCAGAACAAUCUGAAUGCCUCGGACGAUGUCAACCAUGUCGGUGCCAUCCUGUUAGACCCUGCAUCGCAAGACGUCGGUGCUGCACGAUGUGCUGCUCUUGGGGAAUCUCUUUUGGCAAUCUCUACCCUCGAUACUCAUACCGACGACUUUGAGCACGCCUUGUCGUAUCUCGCAUACGCCGGGCUGGUAGAUGACAGCCAGAAAUACUACGUACAGGACGGGGUGUUGUCUGUGACUUACUCGUCAGGAGGCAGCCCUGGAUUCUCGACCAAAAAAGCCGACAAUGAAACUCGGCCGCUGCCCAUUCUCUGCACUCAAUCAAGUUCUCAAAAUGAGCCGACGACCGCUGUGGCCACCGUUUCCAAUGAACUGAGAAUCUCGUCUGCUGGAAAUACUUAUGUGGGCUUCCGCAACCAAAAGUCUUUCCGCUUCCUCGGGAUUCCCUACGCCAACCCGUUCGAGCGCUUUGCAUACUCAACAGUGUACAAUGCUACUGGUCAGACGAUCAACGCCACGGAAUACGGUGCGGACUGCGCGCAGGCUGGCUCUACUGGCUCACAGGAGGAUUGUCUGUUCCUGAACAUCCAGACACCUUACAUCCCGCAGGCUGGCUCCACCGACAACCUGAGGCCGGUCCUGUUCAGCAUCCAUGGCGGCGGCUUCACUAGUGGCAAUGGCGGUGCCAGUUCCGGAUUAGAUGGAGGAAAUCUAGCAUCCAGAGAGGAUAUCGUCUCAGUGGAACUCAACUAUCGCCUAUCGACUCUUGGCUUUUUAGCUAUUCCUGGAACAGAUGUCAAGGGCAACUUUGGCAUUGGGGAUCAGGUGACAGCAUUAGAAUGGGUGAAACAAAACAUUGCUUCUUUCGGAGGUAACCCCAAUAAGGUCACAAUCAUCGGAGAGUCCGCUGGCGCAGGCUCCGUGCGCACAUUGCUCGGAUCUCCGCCUGUGAUCGAAAACACUCUCAUCUCUGGUGGUGUUUCUCAGUCCAACCUUGGAGGUGGUAAGGCUCUCGGGCUGGAUGGAGACUAUGCCACGACUUACAGCUCUUACUACACCAUUGAGCAAUCGUACGAAAUAGCCGGGCAGCAGAUCAUUGAAGCUGUGGGAUGCAACGAGACGGACAUCGAAGACCAGAUCGCGUGCCUGAAAGCCGUGAACGCGACCACCAUCGUCAAUCUCUCCACGGUUGCGAGAUAUGUCGUGCAAGAUGGCACCUACGUCAACACGGAGCAGCUCAUUGUCACGGAGAAAAACGGCAGUCAAGCCUUCGUCCCGAUCAUCUUUGGCACGACCAACAACGAUGGUGCCUCGUUUUGUAAUUUCCCACUAAACACAACAACAAGCGAAGCUGAGGGCAUCGCAUACUCGUUAGAUAUCUCUCAGGAUCAGGCCCAGCGCGUGAUUGACAGUGGGCUCUUCCCAUACUACGAUUCGGGUAACCUUACUCUCGACACCUUCAACGUCUCGCAGCGCGUCUCAACCGACCUGCAGUUCCGCUGCAUCGACGAGGCUACUGUCUUCGCUGCCGCUACCUCAGGGGCAGUCCCCGUUGCCUACUACUACAACAUAGAUCGAACAUACGAGGGAUAUGACCCGCUCGGCCUAGGUCCGAGUUUGAACGGUGGAACUGAUCCUGAAGGAAACUACUUCAGGCUUCACGGUAGCGACCUCGGCUUCACCUACGGCAACCAAGAUCCGCUCCGCGACGAGCGUGACCUCCAGGCCAGCCAGCUCAUCAGCGGAUACUACGCCGCGUUCGCAAAGACGGGCUCGCCGAAUCCUGAUGAGGCGUACCUGAACGUACGUGGCUAUACGAGCACGCUCGAGGCUGUACGCCAGACAGGUACUUGGGAUCCUGUCUCGGGUAAUACUGGGCCCGCGAAGAAUCUGGACUAUCCAUCGCUGACGAUUGAUUUUCCCGAGACUCGUCAGUGCUCGUUUCUGAAUUACAGUCUGAGCUACUAUCUUGACGGCGGCUCUUAA